GAUCUGGAGAAGGAUACAUUACUGUAUAAAAGGCAACUGGACGCACUGGUGGCAUUAGUAGGACAUUCUCUGGUGGUGGCUGUGUUUGGGUUUACAGAUAAGUAAGAACAUGACCCUGCUGCGAUGCUCAGCUGUGGUGCUGUUUGUGGCCGUCUCCUUGUCAGCGACAUUGGCAGAAAGGAUCAUUGGGGGACAGGAGGUCACCGCCUACUCUAUCAAAUAUCAGGCAUCGCUGCAGACCAGUAGUGGACAACACUACUGCGGAGGAACACUGGUGCACCCUCAGUGGGUGGUCUCUGCUGCUCACUGCUGGAGACCGAAAAAUAUGAUGAAGGUGGUGCUAAGUGAACACAACCUGAAUUUGGAAGAAGGAUUUGAGCAAGAAUUUGACGUUGCAUGGUCCUUUUUCAACAACUUUAACUACAGGACAUUCAACAAUGACAUCCUGCUCAUCAAGCUGGAUAGACCAGCGACGCUCAAUGCCAAUGUCCAGCCAGCCGAGCUGCCAGAUGCUGACACUCCUCUCGGCCCGAAUGAUGUGUGCACGGUCAGCGGCUGGGGCGUGACGCAGACUUACUCGAGCUACCUCUCUCCCGUGCUUCGUUCCGUGGACGUGACAUUAAUCCCUUACUGCUACUAUUAUUACUGGCAGAUGAUCACUCCCAACAUGCUGUGUGCUGGAUCUCGAUUUGGUGGCAAAGAUUCCUGCCAGGGUGACUCUGGUGGUCCCCUCAUUUGCAACGGGAAAUUUGAAGGCAUUGUCUCCUGGGGUAUCAGUUGCGCGAAUCCAUACUACCCUGGAGUCUACACCAAAGUGAGGAACUACAUCGGUUGGAUUGCCGAGACUAUCAAAACAUAUAGUGAUUGACAUUAUAAAAUAUUGUCAAAUCAAAUGACUGUCGAUAAUGUUUCAUAAUCAACAGUUGCCACAAUAGAUUAUAAAACAAACAGCUGAUUUAAAACAUUAUGUGUAAUGGCCCAUUUGAUCUUAAAUGAUUCUACGUUCAGGUUUUCUAAUAGUUCAUUUUACAAACUUUGAUUGCAAUACACAAUGUUAGGAUAUGUUGCUUAGAGGUUCAGUCACUUCUUGAUAUUUCCUCGUUUCCUAGAGAUGUGUUGAUAUGCUUGGAAUUCAAUUACUUUCAAUUCAUCCAUUGUUCUGAUAUAGAAAUAAAAGAUACAGAAACAAA